ACCUGUUCCAGCCGGGGGCGGAGGCCAUCCGUUUCGUCUUCCACGCGGGCGAGGCGCACGAGGGGCGGCGGGGCUUCAGGAUAAGGUACGAGGUGAUGACCACGUGCCCGGGCCCCUACCAGACGCAGAACCCGCCCAUCUCUACCAUACCGGGCACUUCCGGGGCACCCUGCUAUACCCGCAUCACAGAUUCGCGAGGGACCAUCAACACCCCCUAUUACCCAAAGAAAUACCCCGAGAGCUUGGACUGCGUGUACGAGUUCAUCAGGUCGGGCGAGGAGGUCUGCGGGAUCAAGAUGCAGACGGUGAACUUCGAGAUGGAGAACCCCGUGAUGACCUUCUUCGGGGCGCCUGCACGGACUUCCUGCACCUGCCCUCCUGCGGGUUCCUCUGCGGCAAGAUCAACUUCUCCUGAACUCUCCAGCAGGACUGGCCUCCCUCGAACCAAGAUGGCGCGGCACCACCCAGCUGUCAACGUCGCCACGAUCACUGAAGAGGAUGUGGUCGAAGAGGAGAUAGGGGAGGAUGGCAUGGUGGAAGUGGUCGCAGUCCGAGGAAAUCCCACGACCUUCCCGACGGCGGCGCAGCAGGAGGCGCAGACGAAGGGAACGAGAGGCGGUCCAGCGUGGUGA